AGCCAAUCUUUAUACCAACCAAAUCAGGAACAGAACAACACCCUCGAAGUCACGCAGCACAGAAACCCAAAGAUUAAAUAAACAAAGAAAAUUAGAAAGAGGAGGUAACGCUAAGCACGCGAUGGCGGCGGAAUCGGGUGGUAGUACCAACUUCGAUCUUCCCGAGGAGGUGGUGCAAGUUCUACCGUCAGAUCCAUUCCAGCAACUCGAUGUGGCCCGCAAGAUCACCUCCAUUGCGCUAUCGACACGUGUCAACGCCCUCGAAUCCGAGUUGUCCACACUUCGCGUCAAGAUCGCCGACAAGGAUAACCUCAUCGCCGACCUUCAAUCUCAGCUUGAGUCUCUCGACGCCUCCCUCUCCGAAACCGCCGACAAACUCGUUCGCGCCGAACAGGAUAAGGAGAGCUUGCUCAAGGAGAAUGCUUCGCUUUCCAACACCGUCAAAAAGCUCAAUCGAGAUGUCUCCAAGUUGGAGGUUUUCAGAAGGACGCUUAUGCAAUCACUUCAGGAGGAUGAUGAUAAUUCUGGAGGAGCUCCAGACAUUGUUGCUAAAAUGCAGAGUCAAUCAAGUUUGACUUCCUCGUCGCAGUUUGGAGAUAACGAUGCUGCAUUGCCACCGUCUAUAUCUUCUUCAACGCAAACCAAUAAUUCUGAUACAGGAAAUACUUUUGCAGAGGAUCAAGAAUCUGAUGCCAUAAGACCUAGAGUACCACCUAGUCUCCUCUUAGCAUCUCAAACUUCCACCCCUCGGAUUACUCCCCCUGGUUCCCCUCCUAGUCUGUCUGCAUCAAUUUCACCUACAAGAACAUCUAAACCUGGGUCUCCAAGGCGACAUUCAAUUUCCUUUUCACCCUCAAGAGGCAUGUAUGAUGAUAGGUCUUCAGUGUUUUCCUCGAUGUCCUCAAGUCACGGUUCAAUAUCAAGCUCCGACCCAGUAACAGGAUCACAAACUGGACGGACGCGGGUGGAUGGGAAGGAAUUCUUUCGCCAAGUCAGGAACCGUUUGUCUUACGAGCAGUUUGGUUCAUUCUUGGCAAAUGUUAAGGAACUGAAUUCCCAUAAACAAACAAGAGAGGAGACGUUACGAAAAGCUGAUGAAAUUUUUGGGCCCGAAAACAAGGACCUUUACACAAUAUUUGAGGGAUUGAUUACUCGCAAUGCCCAUUGACAUUGUGCAUUAGGGAAGUUUUAUACCGAGUUUGUAAUAACUUAUGCUAUCGUCUCCAUAUAGCAACUCCUUUUUACCCCUCUGUAUAUUAGAUUAUCACGUUAGUUAUUGUCUAAUAAAGUCAUUUUUUUGAACAUGAACGCCUGUACAUUUAAAUGGAUGAAUGACAUUUCUUGGUUGGACCAAAGGAUUGCAGUGGUUUCCUUGUAGGGAUUUAAUGCA